GAGAGCGCGCGCGUUUUGAAAUAAGAACGUGUUCGAUUUACGACAGACUUUUUUUUUACUUAAGUAAUUAAAAGUGCGGCAUAGAAAUUGUGUUAAAAUGUUGAAAUAUACGGUGAAAAAAUAUUGCUCAGAGGGCAGCAAAGUGAACCAAGUAAUGGUUGCAAUUUUGAUGGUAUUCCCGGUGUUCUCCUACGGCACGGCGGUGGGCUGGCUGUCGCCUAUGGGUCCGCUGCUCAUGUCGGACCGGACGCCGGCCGCCGCGCCCGUCCAUCCGGACACCGUAUCGUGGAUGGCGUCCGUCGCGUACCUCGUGGGCACACCCGCGGUGUUCCUCUUCGGGUACAUCGUGGACAACUACGGCAGGAAGAAAGCGCUGAUGCUCACUUCUUUGUCUAUGGCGAUCUGCUGGGGUCUUAAAAUAUACUCAACUGAAACCUGGGCCUUGGUUACGGCGCGAGCUAUCAUAGGUUUUGGAGUGGGCGGAUCUUAUGUCGUCACUCCUUUAUACAUAAAGGAAAUCAGCGAGGAUUCUAUUCGUGGGAUUUUGGGCAGCCUGGUGGUUCUGUCCCAGAAUUUCGGCAACCUGGUGGUGUAUAUUAUGGGAGAAUACUUGAGCUACCACGCCACACUGUGGAUCUGCUUGGGAGUUCCACUAGUCCACUUACUCCUGUUCCCGACGAUGCCCGAAACGCCCUCGUAUUUGCUCAAGAGUGGGAAAGUGGAGGAAGCGCGUAGCGCUCUCGCGUGGCUGCGAUGUCGGCAAGCUAACGACGCUGUGGUGGAUGAGGAGCUAGCGUCAUUAUUAGAAGAACUAGAGAAGACAUCUUCUGGGAGAUUCUUCGCCACGCUCAAAAAUAUCGUGUCAGACCGGAGUACAUUCCGCGCGUUCCGCAUCACGCUGACCAUCACCCUGGCGCGGGAGCUGUGCGGCUGCCUCGCCGUCAUCCACUUCGCGUCGCUCAUCUUCGGCAGCGCCGGCAGCUUUCUCAUGACGCCCAACCAGCAGGCCACGGUGCUAGGCGCGGUGCAGCUGGUCGGGUCUUUCACAGCUUCUAGUCUAGUCGAGAAGACGGGGAGAAAAAAACUGUUAGCGGGAACCUGUGCACUAUCCGGGCUGGCGUUAGGCGCGCUGGCCGCUUGGUUUACAGCGAGAACAGUGUUGGGGUCCGGCAGCACAGAGGUGUGCGCCUGGCUGCCGGUGGCGGCGCUGUGCCUGUGCAUCUACUGCGACGCCGCCGGCCUCCAGCCCGUGCCCUUCGUCGUCAUGACUGAGAUGUUCUCCUUCCAGAAUCGCGGCACAGUCACAUCCGUAGUGAUAGCAUUCGCCUGCGCCCUGGUGUCAGUGGAACUCCGCGUCUUCCAGCCGUUGGCAGCAUCAGUCGGCCUCCACUUCGUCUUCUGGAUAUUCUCAGCGGUCUGCCUCGUCAGCACGGUCUACAUCGUGAUGUUCGUCCCAGAGACGAGGAUGAGGAGUAUAGAGGAGAUCUACGAGGAGUUGGGAGGGAGGAAGAGGAAGGAGGCGGAGGUAGACAUUACUAGGCUGUAAGUUAGUGAUAAGUAUUUAUGAAUAGAAAUAUAGAAAAAGUUAUACGA